CUUUAAAUCGGGAUUGAACAUAUAUUUAUGUUCAGCGAAAUCGACAUACCCGCUGCAAAGCACGGGCCAUUUAGCUAGUAUAUAUAUAUAUAUGGUGCACAGUACAUACACGUCUUUUACGUACAAAACAAUGCAUAAUACAUACCGCAUAGUAACAUGCACAUUUAACACGUGUGCAUAGUACUAUACAAAUGCAUAGUACUAUAUGUGUAUUCCACAUGUGUGAAUAGUGCAUAGUAUAUAUUGCAUAGUACCAUUUUUCAUCACUAUAAUAAUAGAGGGAGUUUAUUUGAAACUAGUGGCAUAGAAUGGUCAAGUUCUAAAAGAUAAUCACCAAAUGAUAAUGGAAAACCUUCGCAUUGUGGAGAAGGCUAUGGUCGCUGCUCAUCGGGUAAAUUCUCAAACGAAUUGUGUCAACUCUCGUGUAGGUUGACAUUUUGGUCAACUGUUGAAAGUGGUUAACAAAAACAAAAACAAUUUUGAUGAAUUUAUAAGAUUUUUAAGCACACCAUUUGUUCAAGCUAGAGUUUUUACAUUAGAUGGCAUGGUCCCAACUCCAAAUAAUACCUCAUGAAAUAGAAAAUUAUCACCAUUGCAAGAUAACUUCUCACCUCCAAUAAAAAACAAACCAAUUUCUCACCGCUUGAAUCGCGAAGAUAUUCGUGGCACUACUCAAGUGGAGGGGUCACUCAAUGUGAAAGUUGAAGAACUACCCCUAAGUGCUAGUGGCAAGGCCCAAUACUGUGCAUGCUCACUUGAGAAGAUGAGUAUGUUUAGGUGGUGGAUCAAGUUCCUCCAAGAGAAUACAUUAUACCCAUGCACCUUUGUAAUUCAACAAAAACUUCUCAUCGAGUAAUUCAGCAUGAGAGUAAGACCCAUCAUGACUAUGUGUACUUGAAACCUUAUAUGAGUGGGUGCAUAUGCUCUAUCCAUUUUUAAUAGGUUUCACAUUAUCCGAGUUUGUUACUCUCACUAGAAUUGAGGAUAAGUCUACUGUAGAGCACAAUGGACAUUUCAUUGUCCAAUUUUGAGAUGCAGGGUUCAAUUGUAUGAGGAUUUUGGACGAGAUAUUUAUGCACAAUCCCUCAUUAUGUAGGAUUUGGAUAAAAUACCGUGUUUGGGGAAUGAGAGGUUUCAAAAUUAGUAAUUUUAAAAGUGGAAAAAGAAAAUUGGAUUGACAAAUAAUACUUCUUAAGUUAAAUCAUAAAGAUUAAUAAUUUAUUGUAGCUUGGAACUUUGUUUCAAAAAGACAACUAUCCUCCAAUCAUUUGUAUAUGGCGUACUAAUUUUUUUUAUUAUUAAUUGAUAGAUAUGGCCGGACUUUUGUCACCAUUAAUCUACUUUAAUUAGAAAUUUAUUUUUUCUCAAAGUUAAAAAAUGUGUAGUAAAUAUGUUUUUGACAUUUGUUCUUUUUCAAUAUGUUUAGACAAUAAUUUUUCUCAAACUUAAAAAAAUGAGUUUUAAAACUUCCAAAAUUGAAAGUUUAUGAACGAAGACAAUAUGUGAGUAUUAUUUAGAUAACUUUGAAUGUUAACUAGUCAUAUGGAAAAUAGAAUUCAAAUAAACGCUAGCAAUCACUUUUGUGCUAGAAAACUUUCUUUAUCCUUUCAAAAAGAUCAUAACAAAUUAUUACUCAUUCUUUUUUGUACUUAAUAGAAUUUUCUAUAUCUUCUUUGAUGGUGUAAGAUUUUUCUGUGUUCUAACACACAAUGAGUGUUUACAAUUCACCUUUGACAUCAAUCUUAUUAGACUCUUGAUAAAAUUAGUUAUCUAAAUAUCCAUAGCACAUUAACUAAAUAAUUACUAAGGUAAUUUCUACUGCUUAACAAUACAACAAAUCAUUUUCAUUAACGAGGAAAAAGAAUAAAGAUUUUUCAAAUCUUAAAAAAAUAUUUGUAGAUUUUACAUUUAAUGUUUAGAAAAUUUAAUCAAUGAUCCUAGAUGAUUUGGGGAAAAGAACAUCGUGGAUUUGAAGAUUGUUCAAAUACUAAGAUGUUAUAAAUCAUUUAGUAUUCAAAUCAAUUCUCCCAAUCAAUCUGCUUGUAUGAUAUACAAAAAUUCGAGAUAGUUCUUUUGGCUUUCUUUAGAGAGCGAGAGUGAACGCUUGUUUCAGUUUGUCACAUUCUUUAGUUCCAUUUCUUUCCUUCUCUCUCCCUUGCCUUUCCUCUACCAUGAGUGUCAACCAGGAUAACAAAGACCAAGACCAAGAUAGAGAUGGACAUGCCAGUAAGAAAAACCCAUUGAUUGAAAAAAUUCAAGUCAAUCUUGAGCGAUUCAUCAAGGUUGACAUGGAGUCUAAAAACAUUAACUGGCUCUUUCUACCAAGCAUAUGGAGAUGAAGCAUUUGAUGCAACAUAAUCUUACACUGAUCGCAGAGCUGAUUGUCAGUGUUAUCAUGGAAAUUAUUGAAGAACUAGGAGGGGGAUAGACUAACCCAAUCGUUGAAUUGAGGUUCAAACUUUAAGAGUGGAGUACAAGAGCGUAUGAUAGGCUUUGGAAUGGAUUUAAGAGGGAAUACAGUGAGGAUUCAUCAAGAUCAAGAUGGCUUCCUCAAAUGGGGUACGAAGAAGGUCAUGGAAGACGUGCUCCACGAAGUUGACUGGAACCAUGUCGAUGUAUGUUUCCACUCGUACUGCCAUGGAAUGCAAAGCACGUAUGAGGUAUUAGUGGGCCCUGCAGAAUCUUGUAAAGAUUUUGAGGCAAAGGACUGAAUCAGAAGACAAGUAGUUGAUGCAUCUGAUCCGACAACAAAGCACAGACGUAAAUUGCCUCUAUAUUGUGUCAUCGCUGGGGCUAAACCGAAGUGUAGGGGAGUGCUAUCAACGCUGCCUUAUGAUCCUCAAGAAGGAAGAAGUUGAACAGCCGAGAGUUGAUUGAAGCCAAGCAGAAGAGAACCGACUAUUAAUGUUGGUCGAAAAUGAACGGAGACUUGAUUGGGCAAGGAUUGCAUCGUUUCUAGGGACAAAUCAGGCUGAAAAAGAGUGCUUUGAGCACCAUCAGACAUUGAAGACGAAAUACGAGGGAAAAGAAGAAGAAGAUCUGGUGGAGGAAGGAGAAAGUGAUAGGGAUGAGGACGAUUCCAUCUGUAUCAUCUAAAAGCACAAAAGGAUUACCUCAGUUACUUUCUUUAUUCAACUGUUCGUAAUAGUGACAUUUUUGUAAUAAAGCCGCUUCUUUGGGGUGGAAACGUAAUAUGACGAGACCGGUUGAUGAUUAAAGUAGAUACGAUUGGGGACGUAGAUUUAUAUGUUCUUUGUCGUCUCCUAUCUCUUUCUUUUUAUCAAUUCUUGAUUAUAUGAAUCACCAUCGUCGGCGAGCGGUCGGUGGAACUCGUCGACCGACGAGAUUUUUAGUUUUUGGCUUUAUGUUCAUUCCAAUGCCUAAAUGGUGUGCUAUACUUCUUCCUCGUGUCUCAAGGUUUGAAAGCUGAACUGUUUUUAUCAUUAUUUGUACUAGUUUCUUACCCAUACGUUGGGUCGUUUAAUUUGUGUGAUUAUUUAGUUAUGUAUGUUUUUUAAUGUGGUUGUUUGUGUUAUGCCAGUUUUUGUUUUUUUAUGUUUGUCAAGUCUUCCUUCUCCAUCCCAUUUCAUCCUUGGAUUCAUGCACAUUUAAGUCUUAAAUGGUGACACAUAUGUUUAUAUUGAUGAAGCAAAGGAUGUUGCAGUGACAUUAAACUCGAAUGGUAGAUACUAAUCCGCUUUAGUUUGGUGCUCUGGUGUUCAACAAUAAUGUCUUGCUCAUAAGUCGUUUGUCUCGCGUCAUUGACCAUAAGAGUUGUUACUUCAUCAUCAAACAGAAGAUUAUUUUCUCGACCAUCUGAUUUUUUAUUGGCCAAUAGUUUCAAAUUUAGAUGUUGUACAUUGCCUGCAUUGAAUUAGUCUUUGGCAUAUCUGGAAGUUUGAGCCAAUAUGUUCCGCUCGUCGAGCAUAUCCUUCAACCUAGUCACAACAACUUAUUGUAGAGGAUUUAAAUCAUCGUUUGUAACAAUUGAAUGGAGCCAGUUUUCAUCUUCUUUCUCAAUUUGGUGAAUGUAUAAUUGUGCAAAGUUAGGAGUAGAGCCAACAGGUGGUAGUAGACUGCUAAUCGAUGAUAAAUUUGUCGCUCUAUGAAAAUAGUCAAAGACAUAUGAUCCCCGCCCAUCAAUAAAACUAUGAUCUAUCUUGCGGCCCAUAGUACUUAAUCAAAAGGCACCAUUAUAAAGUUUGGUGCAUUCCAAAAGUGUUUCACAACUUCACUGAAACACCCUAACCCGGCCGGGUACUACUUUUACUAAAAUGCCAUUGAUAAAUAAAAUACUCAAAUCUUA